AUGAGCAUCCCUGUGACAGAUCUGAAAGGUCAGUAUCUUAAGCCACAAGAUUUUUCACCCAAUGACUACUACGUGAGGAUUGACACAUUAAAGAAUUACAAUGAUGGCGGAAUUCUUGAUCCUGAUGACCAACUUUGCGAUGUGGCAGAUGAUCGAGAACAGAUCAUUGCUAUGUACGAAGAACAGAGUGCUCCCUCUGUACCUCACAAUGGCGGUGACGGCACCAGUGCCAGCUCCGUGGGCACCGCAAGUCCAGAUAUCUUCCAGGCAGGGGAUGGGCACCCCCACCCCCAGGGACACCACCCCCACCAUCCCCCUGGGCAUCAUAAUGAUAAGACAUAUGAUCAUAUACUAAGAAGACACAGUGGGAGAAAUGAUGUUGUUAUAACUUCUAAUGAUUUGACUACAGCAACUGGUUUAACAGUUCUUCAAGUAAGACGAAGCAGUGACCCAAAUCUCACAAAUAUCGGGAAUGAAAUAACACAAAAUGAAAAGACUAAAGAACCUAUUCCACCUAUGGCAAACAAGAGAUGGUCAGCUGUUGUUACCAUGGAUACAAAUCACCCACCAAGGGGAGGCUCACUUGACAGCACGGGGUCCCCCAUACAGCAGAAAAAGCUGUCUGCCAAUCACAGAGGGUCUCCACUUUUGAAUCACAGGGGGUCCCCUCAGUUUAACCACCGAGGAUCUCCGCGUAAUCAAAGGCGAUCUGACCACCAGAGGCAGUCUUCCAAACAGGAGGCAGAUCGCUCUGAUGACGAAAAUCUUCCCAAACGUAUCGGAGGUAACGGGCAGGAAAAAAGUGCAUUUACACGCUUUGCUCGCGACUCUGGAAGACAGUCACUCGGUGGGGGACACCCUGCCAUCUUUAAAUGGAUGGAGGCGCAAGAAAAAACAGAAGAGCAAUACCAGAAAAAGGCCCCAGAUGGCAGGAAAGAACCGCUAGGUGGCAGUGGAGUGGGUCAUCAAGAUGAGCCAAAGUCAAUGUCCAGGGGAAUAGAUGUGGGCCAAGAUGAUGACCACUCAGAUGGACAUUCAGACAGCAGUAACCCCCAUGAUACUAGUGGUGACACAGACAAUGGUGAAAGAAGAGAAGAGAUGAUUGUGCUGAAAAAUGAAGGUGGACCACUUGGUAUUCAUGUUGUCCCAGACUAUGAUGACUAUGGAAGGGAUAUGGGGCUGCUAAUUCAAGGUAUAGAGCCUGGAGGCAGGAUCCACAAAGAUGGCCGCCUUCGUGUUCAGGAUAAAAUUAUUGAGAUUAAUGGAAACCGCUUAAUUGAUGUUAACUUUUCACACGCUCAGGAAAUCUUCCGCCAAGCAUUGAAUACUCCCGAUAUUAAACUUCAAAUCAUUCGAGCAGAGUCUCCACCAUUGCCCAAGCAACCACCUCCCACAAUGCCCAAGCCAUCAUGGCGGCGAAAGCAAGAUGAGGUUCUGAAAGAAAACAAUGUUCCAAUAGCAGAAAGAGAAAAAGCCAUUGGAGAUAAACUCAUUAAUGGUAACAAUAUGUCAGAGACAAAUAACACAAAAUACAUGGAUGUACCGAUGAACAUUGAACACCAGAAGGGUGGAGGGGAGGAAGAAGGGGACAUUACGUCGCCUAACAAGAAAACCCCACCUGCCGUCCCACAGAGGUCACCCUCUACGCAUUUGACAGCGCCUGCACCUGGGGUUUCAGUAGUGCCAGUUGAGCGGAACAUUUUAACGGGACCAACUAACACAAGAAAGAUAGGGAAGAAAGUGCACAUACAACUUACAAAAGGUCCACAGGGUCUGGGAUUCAGUAUUACUACCCGGGACAACCCAGCAGGAGGAAACUGUCCCAUUUAUAUCAAAAAUAUCUUGCCAAAGGGUGCUGCAAUACAAGAUGGCCGACUCAAGCCUGGAGAUAGAUUGUUGGAGGUCAAUGGUAUAGAGAUGACAGGGAAGACUCAGGCCGAGGCGGUGUCCAUUCUCCGGAACACUAAGCUGGGCAGUGUGGUCAACCUGGUGGUGUCCAGGCAGGAGGAAGAGGAACAGUUUGCUGUCCCCAGACAACUGGAAUCAGACUCUACGAAUGCUUUACAGCCAGCAGAAAAAGCUGCAGAGGAGGAGAUCCCGGCCAAGGGUAACAAAGAGAUUCUGUCCUUUGAAAUUCCAUUGAAUGAGACAGGGUCGGCUGGGCUAGGGGUUAGCGUGAAAGGAAAGACGUCCACGGAUGACCAAGGGAACACCAGAGACCUGGGGAUUUUCAUCAAGGCUGUUAUUCACGGCGGUGCUGCUUCCAAGGAUGGAAGAUUGAAAAUUAAUGACCAGCUGGUCAAAGUUAAUGGAGAAAACUUAAUUGGAAAGACGAACACGGAGGCCAUGGACUCUUUGAGGCGGGCCAUGCAAAAAACGGACCCUGUGCCAGGGAUUAUAAACCUGGUGAUUGCACGCCGUAUCGGGGCGCCACUUGCCAGUGGAACAUCAACUCCAAAUACUUCCGGAGGUGAUCACCGAAUUCUCCAUGAACGAGAAAAGUCAAACACCAGCGAGGUUUUCUUCAAUGGCCCAGAAGCAAUGGAAGACUUUUCCUCUCAGCCAUUGAAAAGAGAGGAUUUAAAAGAUACUGGAGAGGUUCGAGGAGACGAACCUUCAGAAUUUAAAGAAAAUAACUUGGACAAGGCCAUUGACAUACAGAAAAUUCGUAAUCCUGUACUUGACAGAAUAACAGGUGGCGCUGGUCUCAGAAACCAGAUUCCGUAUGGCAUGGCGCCCAGUGAGCAUUUAAAUGAAAAUCGGACUUCCACAGGUGAACAUAAUCAUUCCCCUCCCAACCAAUCAAAUUCCUUGCAACAUCAGCUGAAUAAUUCGAUCACAUUGACAGGAUCUUCCGGAGAAGUGAUCAUGAUUGAUGAUGAUCAGCUGACACAAGUUAAGCUGCGUCCGCGGGCGAUGCCCUCCCCUGCCAGACCGCAUUCCUCUAUAGAUUUCCUUAAUUACCCGCAGCCGCAGAGGGGCAGUUUUCGAAAGCAAUAUGAGCAAGCCAGAAUGAAACCCAGUACCUCCAAGGAGAGGCCCCACUCUACAAUAGGUUUCAAUGCCAAUGCCAUAGCUGCCUCUCACCAGCCCCAGGGCCAGGGAGCCUCCACAGAGGGGGCUCCAGUCCCCCCUGAGUGGCUCAGUCAGUGGCAAGACCACCAGAACAAGGAUGAAGAAGAGGAUAUGAGUCCUAUGCCAGAUGAAGGCCAUGAUCCAUUUAGGCGGGAAGGUUUUGGAAGGCAGAGUAUGUCUGAAAAGAGAAAGGGGCAUCUGGAUCCAACCAAAAGUGAGAUUUACCAGAAGGCGAAAAUGGCAAGAGAAAUACGAGGAAUGAGUGGGAGUCAAACUCUCCCUUUGCCAACAAAACACAAGCGUCCAGCCUCUUUCCAGUAUGCAGAUGGUGGCAAUAACGAGGAUGAGGAUGACUAUGGGGAUGAUGAUGAGGAGGAUAACCAGAUCAACGGUGCGCGAAUCGUUCGUGCGGGUUCUGCCGAGUCCCUGCUAGGUCAUUCUAAUCUCUCACUGCAUGAACGGAUACGAUUCACCGGGGAUGUAGGUGGUAACAAGCAGGACUUUGGCCCUACCUUGGGGAUGAAGAAGUCCAGUUCUCUGGAGAGUCUCCAGGCCAUGGUAGAGGAAGUGGUCAAGGAGGAGGAUGGAAAUUACUGGAACCAGGGGACGGGAGGGGUCAGCAGAAGUCGCGGGUGCAAUGAGAGUUUUCGCAAUGCAGUGGAUAGGUCAUAUGAAGGUCAAGUUGGUGUGGUGGCAGAGACAGUUCCCAUGGAACCACUGGAGGAGGAAAGUUCAGAAGGAGGCUCUAUUCGCCAGUCUGGUGGACGGGAUUCUUUCAGCAGUAACAGCAGCGACCCCAUGAGUGUGAACAGGAAGAAGAAAAAAGGAGGGCUGUUUAAGGGGCUAGGGCAUAUGUUUAGGUUUGGGAAGCACAGAAAAUCCCUGGAAGAUCGAAUGCCCAAGAUGUCGUCUGCAGAGAUGCACCGCCAGAGAGAGCUGGAGAAACAAAAACAAGAACAGAUGGAAAGAUAUAAAGCAAGGAUUGACGCUCAACAGGAACAAGAAAGGAUACAAGAACAAUAUCGCAAACUCCAGGAAAAGCAGAGGCAGAUGGAGAACCAGAAGGCACAACAAGAGCAAGACAUGAUGUCUCGGAUGGAGAGGCAACAACGGAGCAUGCCAGCAAACUUGCCCACAACACGAGCAGAGAGAAUUCAGCAGCUACGAUCGGAACACCAACGGCGCCAUCGUGAACGCCAUGGCCAGUAUCCAAUGGAGGAGCAGGAAGAAACCUACGAACGUCAGAUAGUUGAAGAUGAAUAUAGGUUUCCUACUGAUGAUGUAGCAAGUGGACAUCUUUACUCUGACAUGAUGUUACAACUUAUGACGAAAAGUGGGCACCAGGGUCCUGUAGGUGGUAACGGGAAUGGCGGUGCUAACUCGUACGCUUUGCCGCCAAGGCGAAAACCUGAUCCGAGGCCACAGUAUGACAGACCGAGGUAUGAUUAUUCAGAUCCACAAUAUUACAGUCAUUAUGCAAAUUACAAUGAAAUCCAAGAACAGUUGAAAAAACAGGAUUAUUACAGGGAAAAAUACAUGCAGUACCAACGGGAAAGACAGCAGCAAAAUCAUCACCACCCUGGUCCUGCUGAUGUUCAACAAAAUGGUCGGGGUUUUAUGCAUGGGCCAGGACAGCAUAAACCACAGGAAAACAACCGUGAUGUGUAUGGUCACCCCCAUCAUAAACCCCCAGAAAAUAACCGGGGUGUUUACGGCCACCCACAGCAUAAGCUGGACAAUAACCGCGAGUCACUUUAUGCACAAGUGAAUAAAAACAGAGACACAGGUUACAACCAAGGUCAAAGGUCAUCAAGGUCACAGACACCAACAAACAAUUUGGGUUACAGUCCCCAUUAUGCUAUAAAACCACAACCACAGAAUUUACCAAAUAUUGUCCUGAACGAUAACAAUUUUGACUACGACGACCCCAGGCAUGCAUACACAGAGCAUCAUGGAGGAUACGAGGCAAUUCCAAGAAGAACUUUGUCACAGAAACAAUUGGAAGAAUUAGCAAUGUCAGGGUCAGCUCAAGUGUAGUCCAGCAAAGCUAACAAAAUGGCUGUCAUUUCAGCUGUCAUAACAACAGUGAAACCCAAAAGCAGGGUGGCAUUUCUACCAUUGAAAUACAGUGAAGCUAAAUGAGGAGAAUAUGUGAAGCUUUACACAGCAGUGGCCUGGUUUCAAGAAAGUUGAAUCUGAUAAUGUUUGAUGAAAAGACGUGAAAUUUUUGCAAAAAGAAAAAUGAAUGAAGAAAGGGCCUUUUCCAAGGUUUGAGUCUAUUGAACGUGUAUGGCCCCUUUAACAUCUUGCUUUACACUUAUCUGUAUCAGAACAAUUACACUUGUCCAAAUUUGUAAUUGAGCUGUGUGCGGUUUUGCUCCCUUUUACAUGUCCGAUUCCCUAAAAAAAAAAAAAAAAUGUCGAGUUAGCUGUUUGUGUGGAGCACAGGAGAUCCAUUUACAUGACUCUAUUAUGUGAUAACCACGCUGUAAUGUUUUCAAUCCCUAGGUGUUUUGAUAUAGAUAAGUGUAUCACAGGAUGUAAAAAGUGACAAGGUUUAAAAGAUCAUAACACUAGUAUGCCUGGAUGUGAUAUUUUAUGACAGAAUAUUGCUAAAAAAAAAAAUGAGUGAUUUGUUUCUUAUUCCAUCCACUCGUGACAUAUUCAGGGACAGUUUUGUGGGUUGCUCAGGAAAGUAAAAGUAGUUUUUGUAUUGUAAUAGGAUUUCAACAUGAAAAUAGACUAGUCUUCAUACUCUGUGUAUACUCUCAUCAGACCCCCUGUGUCAUAAAAUAACAUGGCUCAAAAUAUGGUCCUAAUAUUUAGGAGAAAGUUAAAAUCCAAUUUGAUCUAUGCUCAAUUUUUGAAAGGGACGCUGAUGAGUUGAUGUAACUUGGCCUAAAACAAAAAAGGGCUAAAGUAAUGAAAAUGUUUUAAGUUGGGUUUAAUUAAAAGUUUUAUUGUGAAAUUUGGCAGCUGUGAAUAUUUACAUAUUGUGAACAAACUAUUAGCCCAAACUUAGAAAUUGGUAAAAUAUCCACAAACAACACAAGCUGAAAACUUGAGUAGAAGAUUGAAAUAAUAUCCUAAGUUUAUGUUGAACGUACAAGAAUGUCUCUGUCUAUUUAUAUGUCUGAGAUUUAUCGGUGAAAUUUUUCAUUUUUGCAUCAUGAGUGAACCAGCAGCUAGCUAAAACCAACUUGUAAAUCAGUACUUUAGGGUAAUUUCAGCAUUACAUCAUGAUAUUACUAAAUAAUGUUUCUUAAUGGUGCAGAAUUGCCAUUUUGCAGUAGUUUAAGUUGAUUAUUGUGUAAAUACCAUCUGCAUGUAUUGUGUACAUUGUUAUGUGAAAACAAGCACAUGUUCAUCUGUGUAAAUAAGUGCAAGAGCCACCGUGUGUGCCUAAUCAUUUGUAAACAAGGUAUCACAUAGCAUUGAGCGAAUGAGAAAUAAUGUGGCAGAUGAAAAGGAAUGUUAAAGAUAGCCUUUUUUUCAACCGAUAUUGUCCAUGGGUUCAUUAUACAUAUGCGUCACAUAUCAAACAUUCUUGAGUGAUAUUUCCAUUGAACAAUGGAGUUUUUGUAAAAAAAAUAUUGUUGGGAGAUAUUUUUUACUCCUUUCUUUUCUAUUCAAAUGACCAAGCUAUCAGUAAGUAACUGUAGCAAGAUACAACAAAUGGAACAAAAUAUGCAAUACAAAUUCGUCCACAUUCGUUCCCUGCCCCUGUCUGUAGCAGGUUUGCUAUUGAAGACAGUUUUUAUACAUGGUGAUAUUAAAUACUGCGAUUAGGGUUCAUUUUGUCCACUUAAAAAUCUUUUCCCUGUGUUUCAUGUAUGUACGUGCUUUUGCUCAAAAUACACUGGUGGAAGAUGCCCACGGGCAGUCACAAUGUCAGGGUCGGGGAUAUUUAUUGUGUAUAAAUGUCAAAGUAACUGAUCUACUGAAAACAAAUUGGAACUACAAAAAUACAGGUAUUUAUUAAACAAGGGCCAGUGGAGAACAGUCUAAUGAUCACGUGAGUCUGCUCGUGAACUCGUGAUUUUACUGUUGCUAUCUGUGUAAACGCUAUGCGGCUUUGUCUGUCUCCAUUUUAAUUAUAAAUUGUAAGAACACUGGUUAUUUGAUCAUCAUUGCAUUUAGAUGUCCUCCUUCCUUCGUAAAUGGAUAAUUUAUAUUUUGGAUUCUUUUGACAGUUAUGUUUAUCAUGUGUACUAUAAACUGAUUUUGGUUGGUUUAAAGAAUCACGCAUGUAUAGAUUAAUGUAUACGUUAUCUUGUCCGUAAUUAAUUAUUUUAUCAUAUAACGUGCUGUAAUCUAGUACGUUAACUCAUUAAAGGCAUAUCCCUUAUGUGAAUUAGUAAAUGGUACAUGUGAUUAUUUAAAAGAUAUCAAUGGUUCAUUUGGUGCAACGGUUUGGUGUCUUGAUGAAUCUGCUUAGAUAAACAUAACAUAUGCACCCCUCCAUUUUUAUACGGCAAUACUAAUAUUUAUAUUUCUAACAUUGAACUUGUAUAUUUCCAGCACUUGAUCGGUUCUUUGUACAUUGUUAUCACGUGAACUGUGUCACGUGAGAUAUACCACGUGUCUCGUAUAAAGGCGUUAAAUUGGGUACUAAAAUCAGUAUUUUAGGUGUACUGUAAGCGUACCGAAUCAUUGCUAAAUUUUGUAUCUAAAUGAUGAUGGUAAUAAAGUAUCUUUAAUAGAAAUGAA